GCCGCCAGUGUCCUUUAUUUGCACGUUCCGGCUCCCUGCCUGGUUUGUGCGCAUGGAAUCUGUGAGCUAACGCCGGGCUGGCGAAGGGUAAGAAAUCCCCUUUUGCCUAGAAGACGAGCUUUCUCGCCCCAACUCGAGCCUUUCUCGGGGCGGGCGCUUAGACCGCGGCUGGCUCUCGCGAGGGGAAGAGGGCUGGAGCGGGCCGUCGCUUGGCUGGAGCGGGUUGCGUGGGUGCCCGAGGGGAAGCCCCACGGACUGGGGUCCGCGAGAACCAGGAAUGCCGCCAGCGCCGCCUCCACCCACGCCUUCCGCUUGCACCUCAGGCCGGGAGGUGGCUGCGUGAGGCUGGAGGGGAGCCGGGCUGGAGAGAGAGAAGCUCGUCCGCGGCCAGGAAGGAGGAAAGAGGAAAAAGCGAAAGCGAGGAGCGCAGACGCAGCAGGGGGAAAAAGGAGAGCCGAGCCGAGCCGCGCGAAGGCGGUCUGAGCCUGCGGUCUUUUCCCCUCGCGAACCCUCGCUCCGCCUGCAGCUGAGAUGAAGAGGCGUCGUGCAGCAAUAAUCUUGUAACUCUCCCUCGGCUUUCCGAUCUUUUUAAACGCCUCCUCCUCCUCCGAAAGCGGCAGGAUCGCGGGGCCCUUUUCCUCCCCUUAUUUUCUACACAGCUGAUCGGAAUCCUUUUGCCUGAAGAGGGGGAUAUCUAGGAAGGUGAGGGCGGAGAGCGGGAAACGCGAGCAAUUGUCACCAGCAAAAGCAACACGUUCGCCUGCAAAGAGGGAAGGCAAAGCCCCCAGCAAGGAUGACCGAAGAGAGCGCGGACGUUCCCAAAGAGUUGCUGGAAAGUGUCAAGGAUGUGAUUGGUAGGAAGAUAAAGAUCUCUGUGAAAAAGAAAGUUAAGCUUGAAGUCAAGAGCGACAAAGUAGAUAAUAAAAUAUUGGUGCUAACAUCAUGUCGGGCCUUUCUGUUAACUUCCCGUAUUCCUACCAAGCUAGAAUUAACUUUCAGCUACUUGGAAAUCCAAGGAAUCACUUGCAACAAACCAGGCCAGCUGAUUAUAGAAACUGAAAAGUGCAACAUUUCUAUGAAGUUAACUUCAUCUGAAGAUGUGCAUGAGGUGUUGGCACAUAUUGGAACAUGCCUUAGGAGAAUAUUCCCUGGUCUAUCUCCAGUGAGAAUAAUGAAGAAAGUAAUUAUGGAGCCCCCAGACAGGCUGGCUAAUCUGCAGACUCUAUGGGACAGUCAAACUGUAGGAGAAUUAGGCCCAUGUGGUGGGUUUUCUCAGAUGUAUGCAUGCGUUUGUGACUGGCUGGGCUUUCCAUAUAGGGAAGAAGUGCAGUGGGAUGUUGAUACCAUUUAUCUGACUCAAGAUACCAGGGAAUUAAAUUUGCAAGACUUUAGCCAUCUUGACCACAGAGAUUUAAUACCAAUAGUUGCUGCCCUGGAAUACAAUCAGUGGUUUACAAAGCUUUCCUCUAAGGAUCUAAAGUUAUCCACUGAUGUUUGUGAGCAGAUCCUAAGAGUUGUGAGCAGAUCCAGUAGAUUGGAAGAGCUAGUACUAGAGAAUGCUGGUCUUAGGACAGAUUUUGCACAGAAGCUGGCCAAUGCUCUAUCCCACAAUCCCACCUCAGGACUUCACACAAUUAAUCUUGCUAACAACCCUCUAGAGGACAGAGGAGUAUCUUCAUUAAGUAUUCAGUUUGCCAAACUACCAAAGGGGCUGAUGCAUUUAAAUUUAUCUAAAACCUCAUUAUCACCUAAAGGGGUGAACAGCCUUUCACAGUCACUGAAUGCCAACCAGCUGUUAGCUACCACUCUCACCCACCUUGAUCUCUCAGGAAAUAUUCUUCGAGGUGAUGAUCUUUCAUCCCUGUGUAAUUUUUUGGCUCAGCCAAAUGCCAUAAUUCAUCUGGAUUUAUCAAAUACAGAGUGUGCAUUAGACAUGGUGUUUGGAGCACUUCUUCAUGGCUGCCUUCAGCAUCUUGCCAUCCUAAAUCUGUCAAGGACAGUUUUUUCACACAGAAAGAACAAGGAAAUUCCCCCAUCCUUCAAGCAGUUUUUCAGCAGUUCAGUUGCUUUAAUGCAAAUCAACCUUUCAGGAACUAAACUUACACCUGAGCCUCUAAAAGCGCUCUUACUUGGUCUUGCUUGUAAUCAAAAUUUGAAGGAGGUACUUCUAGAUCUGAGUAACUGUGAGCUAAGAUCAGCUGGUGCACAAGUUUUAGAAGGAUGCAUAGCAGAAAUUCAUAACAUUGCCAGCCUUGAUAUUUCAGACAAUGGCCUAGAGUCUGAUCUUUCAACACUUAUAAUCUGGCUUAGUAAAAAUCGAUCAAUAAGGCACUUGGCAUUGGGCAAAAAUUUCAACAACAUGAAAUCCAAAAAUCUGUCUCCUGUGCUUGAUAAUUUAGUACAGAUGAUUCAAGAUGAAGAUUCACCUUUGCAGUCUCUCUCUUUAGCAGAUUCUAAAUUGAAAACAGAGAUUACUAUCAUUAUCAAUGCAUUGGGCAGCAAUACAUCCCUUACAAAAAUUGAUAUUAGUGGAAAUGCUAUGGGCGACAUGGGUGCAAAGAUGCUUGCAAAAGCUCUUCAGAUAAACACCAAACUCAGAACUGUUAUAUGGGACAAAAACAAUAUCACUGCUCAGGGAUUCCAGGAUAUAGCUGUGGCACUGGAAAAGAAUUAUACCUUAAGAUUCAUGCCUAUACCUGUGAAUGAUGCUUCACAAGCACUUAAAACAAACACUGAGAAAACAGAGGAAGCCCUUCAAAAGAUAGAAAAUUAUUUGCUUCGAAAUCACGAGACCAGAAAAUAUCUACAAGAACAAGUGUACAGACUACAGCAGGGCAUAGUUACUAGCACAACACAGCAGAUGAUAGACAGAAUAUGUGUCAAAGUACAAGAUCAUCUCAACUCCUUAAAAAAUUGUGGAAUUGACACAAUACAAGAGGAUCUGAAAUCAGCUGAAAGACUUAUGAAGGAUGCUAAGAAUUCCAAAACAUUAUUACCAAACCUGUAUCAUCUUGGUGGAGCUUCAUGGGCAGGAGCAAAUGGUUCAUUAUCCAGUCCAAUUCAGGAAAUCCUAGAAUCUAUGGCUGGGGAAGUUACAAGGGUUGUUGAUGAUCAGCUCAAGACACUGCUUGAGUCAAUGGUAGAUGCAGCUGAAAACCUGUGUCCAAGUGCCAUGAAGAAGGCGCGUAUAAGGCAAGACUUGAUUGAGGCAUGUACUGAAAAAAUUUCAAUUCCUCGGACCUUUGUUAAAAAUGUUCUUUUGGAGCAGUCUGGAGUUGAUAUCCUUAAUAAAAUCAGUGAAGUCAAGCUGACAGUUGCUUCGUUUCUCUCAGAUAGAAUAGUAGAUGAAAUCCUUGAUGCUCUGUCUCAUUGUCAUCAUAAACUGGCUGAUCAUUUGACCAGGCGAGGUAAACCCUUGCCUCACCAGGAAUCAUUGGACAUUGAGUUAGCAGAGGAUAAAUCUACUAAACGAUCUAUCAUUACAGUUGAGGAGCUAACUGAACUGGAACACUUUGAAGACCUAGAUACAUGUAUGAUGACUCCCAAAUCUAAAAGGAAGAGUAUCCACAGUCGAAUGUUAAGGCCUGUAUCCAGAGCUUUUGAGAUGGAGUUUGACCUCGAUAAAGCAUUAGAAGAAGUUCCUAUUCAUAUAGAGGACCCACCAUUCCAUUCUGGGAGGUUUGACAAACGGACUUCUGGGCUCAUUUCAGAACUACCUUCGGAGGAAGGAAAAAAGCUAGAGCAUUUUACUAAACUUAGGCCUAAAAGGAACAAGAAACAACAGCCUACACAAUCUGCCGUGAGUCCUGCAACCCUUCAAGAAGGAGAACAAAAUGGAAUGAUGGGAAGAGUAGAUGAAGGGGUUGAUGAAUUUUUCACCAAGAAAGUGACAAAAAUGGAUUCAAAGAAGUCCUUCACAAAAGGUUCAGACAGCAGUGAUUCUGGUGAAGUAGCUGAUGAAAAGAAAAAAAGAGAUUCUCGGAAAAGUGGCUUUCUUAAUUUAAUCAAGCCUAGAUCCAAAUCUGAGCGUCCUUCAACUGUGUUAAUGCCUGAAGAAUCUCCUUCUCCCAGAGGUGUUGUCAAAGGCCCCACCGUGGACACUGCAAAGAAGGAUUUGAAAUCAGCCGAACAAAAUGGCACCACUGAAAAAACUGAGGAAUUAAAAACACCAGAUUCAACAGAGGAGGUUCCUCUGGAAAAGGAUGACGGCAAAGGCAGUCCUCAAGGAGGACGUAGAUAUGGGGUGCAAGUGAUGGGCAGUGGCCUUCUUGCAGAAAUGAAAGCCAAGCAGGAACGGAGAGCAGCAUCAGCACAGAAGAAAUUAGUGAAUGAUGUUAGAGAUUCAGCAGAUCUUUCACAGAAUUCAGAACGACAGGAUGGAGCUGUAAUGAAACUUCAUCAGUCUUCUCCAGAGAAUCAGUCUGCUCUCACUAGGGAAGAUUCCAUCACAGGCUCGACAGAAAAAAAUUCAAAAGCUGAACCAAAGAUAGAAAUUGGAGCUAGGACAAAAAGUUCUUCUAGCGCCCCUUCCAGUCCAAAACCUCCAUUGCAGUCAAUAAAGCCCACCCCAACAGGACGGCCAACAGUUCCUCAGAAGCCACGGUCUGCCUCUCGGACAGAUGAUGCCCCAGAGUCUCAAUCCAGUCCAGGCUCCCCUAAAAUUGCCCUACUUCCCCCUGUUUUGAAGAGAGUCCCUUCCGAUAAAGAAAAAGAUCGUCAAAGCAGCCCUCAGGCAUCUCUCAAAUCUCUUUCAUGUGAAGGUCCAAAGAAAAGUCCAGGACAUCAGAUUUCUGAAUCCCAGGAACAGAAGCAGAGACCUUUAAGGAAAAAUGGCCAACAAGGAAGCAAGUCCAGUGACUCUGGAGAAGAGCCAGAUAAAGACUUUAUUUUUAUUUAAUUGGUUGGUAUGGGCUUAACGGUACAUAUUCUUUUGUGAUAAUGGAGUCCAGCUAUUACUGACCCCUUUUCCCAUUAGCCUUUCCUUUCAAUUU